UCGCAUCCGCUCCCCCGCAUUCUUCCCUUCACCCGCUCAGUUCGGCCAUCUCCACAAUCCCCCACGCCCCGAGAAAACCCUAAACCCCCCAACCCUCGCCGCCGGCAACCGCCGCCGCCAUGUUCGGCACCCCGGCUUCGUCGCCCCUAUUUGGGACCCCCUCCACCACCCCGGCAUUCGGCGCCCCUUCCUCCACCCCUGCAUUCGGCACGCCCUCCACCAACCCCGCCUUCGGCACCCCUUCCUCCACGCCGGCGUUCGGCGCGCCGUCGUCCACCCCGUCCUUCGGCACCCCCUCCACCGCGCCCGCGUUCGGGACCCCGUCCUCGACCCCGGCGUUCGGCGCGCCCUCCUCGACCCCUGCCUUCGGGGCGCCCUUCUCGACCCCGGCGUUCGGCGUGGCGCCGUCGCCGUCGCCAUCGCCGUUUGGGUUCCAGCAGCAGAUGACGCCGUCCCCGUCGCCGUUCGGGUUCGCCGGUGGGGGCGGCGGGCAGAUCACCACCCAGAUGGCCCCCGUCGCGCCGCUCCCGCUCUCGCCCUCCGACCGUGACAUCCAGGCUAUCGUGGAUGCGUACAAGGAGGAUCCUGGAAACCCUCGUUAUGCUUUCAGGCAUCUGUUGUUUAGUGUUACAGAGCCUUCACAACGGGUGAAGCCAGUUGCGGCAUCUGAUAUCAUGUGGGCAGAAGCUAUGGGGAAGCUUGAGGGCAUGGAUAGUUCGGAUAGGGAGAGGCUGUGGCCUCAACUCGUGCAGGGAUUUAAGGAUCUUUCCUACCGGCUUAAGCUUCAAGAUGGAGUUCUUGUCUCAGAUUCUGAUAGAUUGAGCAUGACACGCGACAAUGUUAAAAAGUUGCAAAGACAUUUCCAAGCUGACACAUACCCAUGGAUCCAACGGCUGAAGCAGCAAGAGUUGGUUAUUGAGAGACGCCUCUUAAGGAUAAUGAGAAUAGUGGAGGCAUUAGAGAAUCGGGGUUAUCGUAUUCCACUAACGAAGGAGGAAGCUGAUCUGUAUGAACGACUGGCUGUUAUAGCAAAGCAGCUAAAAGGACCCACUGGUGAUCUGCACAGGAGAGUUUAUAAUCUUCUUUCAACUUCUCGCCUUCUUGCUAGUGCUGGUGGCACUGCUGGUCCUAUCUAUAUUCCUAGCUCAGCGAAAGUUGACGAACAGAGUGUUGCUGAGCUUCUUGAGGCCUUACAACAACAGACGGAAGCUGUUGCCAAGUUGGGCAAUGUGAUGAAAAGAGAUACAAGAGACUUGGAAAUAAUACUUUCGGAAGACACGGACAUGGCAGAAGACAGUGUUGGGAGAAGGGCAUUGAAGAUGUAUAACUAAACCAAAUUCUUCAUUCAAUGCAUUGACAUAAGCAGGAGAUCCUUCUUUGGUCAAGGGUUUAGAGUGUCGGAAAGAUGGCAGCCAAACGAACGUUUGACCUUAAACGUCUACCGUUGCAAACGACUAAACGAGAAUUUGUUCUGUUUGGAAGGGCCAUAGUGGAAUUGGCGGUUUGUGUUUUGGUGACGGCAAAAACAAGUCACCAGUGUGACAAAAUCUGAUGUUGGCUGUGGCAGUUGUGUAAACCACAGCCACCUGCUAAGCCCUCUUAAAUUCGUGAGUUAGUCAGAGAUCGAUUGCCUGCAUGUAACACUUGUAUAAUGACAUUUUAGAUUAUUUAGAUGAGCGUCUUUGCGGACUAGAUCCGAUAUAUUGUCGCAGAUUGUUGUAGGUUUAAACGGAGCUUAGUUUGGUGAUGUGCCCGGGAGGCUGCAUGCAAGGUUUCAAAAUGCGAAGAGCUAAUCGAAAUUCAUGGCUUUAA